GGAGGCGGGGCCAUGAUGGCGGGGAGGAAGACGAGAAGGGGGCGUGGCUGGCUCAGGGAGCACCGCCCAUCCAGACCCGGGGAACUCGAUUCAGGCAGGGAAGAAUGGUUGAAGAGAAGCGCAAGCCGAGCUGCGAGGGGGCGGCGGCGGCGGCGGCAGCGCCCGAGGAUGGAUCCGCCUGAGGUGUGGGACCCUUAUAGCCGGCCGGCCCGCCGAACCCAAUGGCUGGUGAGCGCCUUGGCUUACCACUACGGGCUGGACCGGGGAGUAGAGAACGAGAUCAUCGUGCUGGCCACGGGCUUGGAUCAGUACUUGCAAGAGAUCUUCCACCACUUGGACUGCGAAGGCGAAGGCAAGAUCCCCGGCGAGGACUACCAGACCCUCUGCUUGGUGCUGGGGCUGCAAGACGACGACGAGGCGGCCGCCGACCCGGAGGAAUGCGCCGGCCUCUGCGAGAACCUCUCGCCCGAGCUGACUUUCCGACAGUUCCACGCCAAGUUGUGCGGCUACUUCAGCACUAAGGCCGGCUGCAAAGCGCCGGACCAGGGCGUCCCGGGGGUGAGCAGGCUACCUCUAGGCAAGGAGAGCGAGCACAUCGAGACCCAGAUUCGCCUCCGCAGUCCGCUUCGCCGCCGGCGGGAGCAAGCUGCGGCGGGGCGCAGGGCGGUGGGCAGAGGCUGCCCGGCGCGGAGCAGCAGCGCUCGGUCGUGCUCCUCCUCGCCGCCCGGGUCGUGCUCCCGGGAAUGCUACGAAGAGAUCGUGGCGCUGGAGCAAGCGGAGGAUCGCAUCGUCAAGCUGGAGGAGGAAAAUGCCAGCCUGCGCGAACUGGUGGAGGACAUGAGGGCGGCUUUGCAGAGCAGCGAUGCCCGGUGCUUGGCGCUCCAGGUGGGAUUGUGGAAGAGCCAUGCACAGCAUAAGGAAAAUGGGACUUGCUUUAUAGGCAGCCGGAGACAACAGGUUAACAAUAGAUUUCAGACUUCCAAGUGCCUUCAGAGUGUUCUAAAGGAAGUUGAAUUAAUCCGAACUUCUAGAGAUGGACAAAUUGAAGAAGCAAUUAGAUUUAACCAAGAACUGGAAAAAGAACUAAGGAACUCUCAUGAAGCCCUCAUGGCCCUGGAAGGUUGCAACCACAGCUUAAAAAGAGAAAAGGCAGAAAUGAGGAAGAAAGUUGAAGAAGCGAGAUGUGUUGUCCUUAACAGCCUUGGAAAAGUAAAGGAGCUAGAAACUAAAGCCCAUAAAGUGUCCCAACUGCAGACCUAUAUCCAGCAGCUAGAAUCUCAGCUACAGUAUUAUAGAUCAGAGAUCUUAAAGUGCCAAGUUCCUUCACAAAGCAACUCAGAACAGAAGGCAAAUGUACUUAUGGAAGGACAAGAUAUCUUAUCACUUACGCAGCAAGAUAGAAGUUCGCCAACUGGUGGUGCAGGAGCAUUGGAAAAUGUGGAAGAUCAAAUGUUUCGUUCUGUGGAAGGCCAGGCUGCGUCUGAUGAAGAGGAAGAGAAAUGGAUAGGAGACCAGCAAUCCCAAAUGGCUGAAGUAAAGAAACUCCUAGCUAGAUUUCCUUGUUGCAAUAGCGGAUGUGAUGACACAACAUGGAAGCAGCUGAGGUCGUCCUUUGGAAAUGCCAGUUGCUGCGGCCAUGAAAACUCCCUUGUGGAAUUAGUCCAACGACUCUCAAAAUUAAAAGAAGACUUUCAAAUGAAAGGGCAGGAAGAGAAACCUCUGGAAACAAAUAUGGAAGAGAUGAAAGGCCCAUUGCUAGGGGAAAUACAACAGAAGGCGGAGGAGUCUGAGCUGAUGAAGAUGGAAUUCCAAAUGUUGGAGACAGAGAGAGUAAGGCUAUCACUGGUGGAAGAAAAGCUCUUGGAUGUUUUACAGCUGCUUCAGCAACUCCGGGAUCUGAACAUUUCUAAGCGCACCUUGGGGAAAAUCUUACUGAACACUUUGGAAUCCUGCUGUGACUCCCAACAUGGAAAACCGCCUAUUGUUGAAGUCCUAGAUGCUCUCUCCCAUGAACUGGCUGCCUGCAAACUCAUCGGAAGCAAGUCUCUUGAGAAAACACCAGGACACCAGUCUUUGUCAAGUUCUUUGGUUAUCUCCUGUUGAGCAAUAAUGCCUCUAUUAUGUUUUGCAAUUAUAACCAUAGGGUUAAAAGUUGCAAUCCAAAAUCAUGGAGGGUUCUGCCACCAUUUAUGUAAUGGUCCAAUGCAAGAGAUGGAAUGAUAAAAUAAAUGGCAUAAAUAUAAAGAGAUAGGCAAAUAGAACAGAAAAUCCAGGGUUAUCUGUACAGACCGGCAAUGAGCCUUGAAUAGAUUUUGAGAGAUGGAUCUCUCAUCCUUUCUUAUGGGACUUUAUACAGUUGGAUAUAUGAUUUGAGAUUUGAGAACCUAUAAUACAACAUACAUCUGAAACCUGAAAUUAUAUUCAAUAUUUCCAAAGUCCCCCAAACUCUCAUUUAAUUUACAAUUAAAUUUUAUCCAGUAUUUACUCCUUAUGGCAUUAAGUGGCACCUGAAAUCUCUAAUUUACCAGUAUCAUUCAUACACUACAAUUAGUCCAUACUGUAAUGACUCUAACUGGGAUGGUCAUUUCUAUUACUAAGCAAAAAUUCAUAUAAACACUCUGCUUAUGAUUAUUAAGCAAAUGGUCAUUAAGUGAGAUAUUAUGUGACUAUGACUUAUUACUUCCUGCUGGCUUCCCCAUUGGCUUUGCUUGUUACAGCCAGCUGGGAAGGUGGCAAAUGGCAAUCCCUUGACUAGAGGUAUGGUGAAACAGUUAUAAGUUCAAGAGCCAAUCAUAAGUCAAUUUUUCAGCACUGUCGUAACUUUCAACAGUUGCUAAACAAGUGAUUGUUAAGCAAGGACUACCUAUAAUUUAUCAUAUGUAAAAUAAUACAGUAAUAUUAUUACCCUGUAGAAAUUUACUUUUCUGAACAUAGCAGAGAAGAUUAAUUUGCAUUUUUAAAUAUUAUUCCAGUACAGUUCUUUUCUUGAGCAUUUCCUUGGUGGCCCAAUGCUACACAUGAAGAAAAUAAAAUUAAAAAGUACCUAGAAGGAUUAUACGUUAAAGGAGGAAUAAAGCUGACCUGAAGUCUGCAGGAAUUACUUUAAGCUAUUGCAUCUGGACUGCAACAUUUAUACAAGGGCACCAAAAAGAUUCCACAUCUACAUCUACAGUAUUUGUAGCCCUUUGUUUUUUAAUGGAAUCAUAACAACUUUCCAUUGGAGUUAGGUGCAAAAUGGGACCAGGAAAACAAGAAACAAAGUGCUUUGGAAGAGGAUGUAAAAGAAGCAGAUUGUAAUUUUUUCACACACAAAAAUCCACUCUUUGUUUUGUUUUCUGUUUGGAUGAGAGCUACCAUACUUUAGUUAUGGUAUUAAGGGAGAAAUGCUGUUCAUCUACCACAACCAUUCACAUCGUCUCUAUCAGUACCUCCUUAUCUUCCAUCUGUCUAUUCCUGCCUUUCAGUAAUCUGUAAAAUAGUUACAGGUUGUUGUUAUUGCAUGUACUUGGAGGAACUUGGGUGUUAAAAUAAUCUGACUGAACGAUAUAUGUAUGGCUACUUGUAAACAUAGAGUUUAUUUUAUUCUAGAAUUAUGUCUGCAUUUUUUUUUUACUGGAAAUUUACAAAUGUAGUAUAUCUUGGUAUGACCUUUUGACUAUUAUCUUCAACCCUAGUAAAAUGUAGGUGAUUAUAUUAAGUCACCUUGAUUUUUAAAAAAAAAUAAUGCUAGUGCAGCAAAAAAGGGGGGAGGGUAAUAGGAGCUAGACAGAAUCACAGGAAGUUUCUGAUUAUAUCUUUGAGGAUAUACAGUAUACAGUACUUGGAUUCUUUAAGUGGUAUUCCUUCCCAUUACCUAUCUUUGUAAAGUAUUCUGGUCUAUGUCCUGGCCUAACUUUUCAGUCAGCUCAGAGUAGACACUAGCUCUAAUUCAGUCAUUGUUCCUUGUGCAGUUUCACUGAUUUUUCAAGGAUUCUAGAUCCUUGAUAUUAAUAAGGUGCAGUCAGCUGCCUCCUGAUUUUUUUAGUUCAUGAGAAAUUUACGUUAAAGCUUUAGAAUUUCUGCUGAAAUUCAGGUGAUUGGUGGCAAUCAGAUGUAAGAGAGAGGCCAGCGAACCUGGUGCAUGCUUCCCUUGGCCUGUUACAUAAUCAGGAUUUAUGAAAAUGGCUUAUCUCCAAAACAUAUGAAAGAUGACUCAUAACUGAAAGCUUGAUUAUCUCAAUAUGAAACUAUUGAUCUGGUUUGAAGAUCAUGCUGCCCCGUGGCUUAAGCAUGAUGCCAACUUGGCUGAGUUUGGUCAGUGUGCUGUGCUUAGACAACUUUCAGUGGCUGAAUCACACAAUUUGCAGACCCAAACCCAACAUUACAGUUUAGCACACCUUGAUUUUUUUGUCUCUAUUUCAGGUGCCCCUGGCAAUCAUUGGAUAAUAAUGUGAUUUAUAACACAUGCACUACAUUAUAUUUUCCAUCUCCGUAGUUUCUUUAUUUUUGUUCUGUAUAUUUUAAUCACCUUCCUUCAUGGCAUGUUUCUGGAAAUUCCAUUGUGUGCUACAAUUUAUAAGCUUUCAGAUAGAUUAAUAAAGUUAUUCUCACAAUAUG